CAACGAUGGGAUAGAUCAAUAUCGCAGUAAGGGUUACAGUGAUUGGUUUGCGCAAAAUGGCUGCCGACGUUGUGUUGGCAGUGGUUGAGACGGAUUUACGGUUACUGGCAGCUGAAGCUAAAAAAGCGGAAGGUCCAAUGACGAACCUAAUGGGCAUGUUGCAUCACUCUGACUUGCCGGCCCUUAAGGAUGCGACGGAGAAAGCACUUCAAAAGGUCCGACGCGUGGAAGAGCGGCACGACGGUCUUCCAGGCGUACAAAAGGCGCUGGAGAUCCUCUCUCCGUUUGCGUUAGCGUGCGAGACGAAGUACCCAAAGCUCGCCUGUAUCGCUCUCAGCUCUUUUCAAAAGCUGCUAGCCAACGAUGCAGUCUCAAUUCGGGGUCGCUGUGAGAUUAUCCGCGCCCUUCAAGCGGCCGAACGCCUCUCCGAUGAAAGCGUCAAGCUUCGUAUCCUCCAGGCUAGCCUUACCAUCAUUCAAAACCCCAGUUUUGCAGAUGAACAGGAGGCUGUCCAGCAGCUGCUGUCCGUCGUGUUCCGCAUCUAUCUCAACAACAAAUCCAACUUUGCCGUGCACAGCACAGCCGCAGCUACCAUACGGCAGGCGGUAGCCUUAAUCUUCGACCAUUCGGUCAUGAAGCCCAGGGCGGCCCCAGUCGCCACACCCACGGCCUCAGCCGGCUCAUCAGCAGUGACCUCUCCGCAGCCCUCAACCCUCUCCUCCCCCGUUCAAAGCGGCCCCACUGGCGGCAGCCCCAACAGCCCGGGGCCGCCUCCGUCGGGGGCAGCCGCCAGCACGGCUGAGUCAGCCGCGAGCCCGGUUUCUGCCAGCGAAGAGCCUGCCUUGCCACCAGGGCGGGAGGUGGUGCCGGUGCUGGUGCUGGAGGAGAUCAUGGGCUGGCUGGGCGGGAGAGACGGCAAGGAGCUGGGCUGGAUCCAGCUGCAGCAGCGCGGCGGCGGCCGGGUGGACCGCACCUUCCUACUGGAGAUGCUGGAGGCGGUGCUGCUGCAGCGCUGGGCGCCCAUACACCGCCUGCCGGGCCUAGCGCAGUGCCUCAAGACAAAGGUCGCCCCCGCCGUGUGCGGGCUGCUAGACAGCGCCUGCGACCGGCUGGUGGACCCGGCGGACGCGCCCGACUGCCGCCUGGUGGUCCGCUGCGCCGCCGCGCUGGUGCGCCGCCACGCCGACCUGGCGCCCGAGCGCGCGGCGGCGGUUGUCGUACGGCUGGCGGAGACGGCGGGCAGCGUGGCGGCGGUGCGGCCGCCCACUGCGGCGCACCGCUGGCAGCGCUUCAUGGCGUUGCAGGCGCUGCGGCCGCUGCUGGCGGACCCGGUGCUGCUGUACAGGCUGUACCACCUAGCGCCGCCUGCUGACAAGCCAUCCGCUGCAGCGGCCCAGGGCGGGGCAGCCAAGGGUGCUGCCGCCGCCGCUAAAGCUGGCGCCACCGCCGAAGCAGCGUCCUCGACGGUUAAUGCUGGUGCCAGCAGCUGCUGCGAUGGCGGCGGCAGCGCUGGCGGCGUGUUGCUCUCCGUGGUCCGCAGCCUGCACGAGGCGCUGCGCUGGUACGUGCGCACCUGUGUGGAGACCCCGGAGGACGACGUGGUGUCGGCGCUGGGGAACCUCUACCUGCAGCGCGCGCUGGGCGCCCGGGACCCCGUGCAGGAGACGGAGGCGCUGGGCACCAACUUGGCUCAGGGCAGUGAGGUGGUGAUUGCGCAUCUGGCGCUGGAGUGCGUGGUGGCCAUGGUGGCAGCCACAGAGGCGCUCACGGACGUGGUGGCGGUGCCGGCGGAGCCCGGCAUGCCCUCGCCCAAGCUGAUCACACGUGACACGCCCGACGUGAGUUGCUCCGCGGUGGCGGGUCUGGUGUCGGUGCUGUGGCGCUGCGUGCUGGCGGUGGGCAAUGCGCUGCUGGCGCGGGCGGGACACGAGGUGCUGGUGGCGUUGCUGGUGCGGGCGCUGCAGGGCAUCACCUACAGCGCGGGCGCCCUGGGUGUGCGGGACGCGCGCGACGCACUGCUGGGCGCGCUGUGCUCGCACACGCUGCUGCCGCCCGGGGAGGACGACAUGGCGGCGCUGGCCAGCAGCGUGGGAGCAGCGGGCGGCGCGGUCGCGGGAGGGCAGGGAGAGGACCGCAGCGUGGGAGGCCUCUCACGCCGCGCCACAGCCACCACCCCCAUCACACCCUCUUCCUCCUCCACCUCCGUGCCCGCCUCCGCACCCGCCUCCUCCUCCUCCGCUCCGCCCGCCCCCGGCUUCCUGACCGCCCUGCUCAUGGACCGCGCCACCGUCUCCGUGCGGGUGGUGCUGACGCCGCGCAACAUCGCCGCCCUGCGCGCGCUCUUCUACCUGGCGCACCGGCUGGCUGACGGGCUGGGCGGCGCGGGCUGGCUGUACGUGGUGGAUGCGGUGAACGCGCUGGACCGCAUCCUGGCCUCCCCGCACACCACCACCGCGGCGUACCUGCAGGAGGCCAUCAGCGAGGGUGAGGCGGUCAUGUCACUCCAGCCGGCAUCCUCCAUGCCACCCGGACAUGGCACCAGCACGGCGGCUGGGGCCGGCGGCGGCGGCGGCGGUGCUGGCGGCGCCAGCGGUGCCGCAACUAGCGCCUCCGUGGGUGCUGCGCUGACGACGUCCGCAGCCGCCGCGGCGGCGGCGGCCAUCGGCGAUGCCGGCGUUGGCGACGGCUCCACCUCCGCCCAGCGUGAGCUCCGCAUCCUGGCCUCCGCCGCCGACCAGCUGUUCGAGAACACGCACCACAUGUCGCCCGAGGCGGUGGUGUCGCUGCUCUCCGCCCUGUCCGACAUCUCCCACCGCACGCUGGCAGGCAUGGGGGUGCUGGCGGGGGGCAGCACCGCAGCAGCUGCGGCGUCAGCAGCUGCGGCCGCCGCGGCGGCAGGCGGCGUGGGAACCCUGCCGCCGCCUACACCCGGCGCUGGCGCCGCUGGCGGCGGCGGCAGCACAGGCGCCCCAGCUGUUGCCUUGCCGGGCAGCUCCGUGCCGCCCGCGCCGGGCCCCAUGCGGCUGUGCGCGCUGAACCGCAUGGUGGACACGCUGCUGCACAACCUGUGGCGCAUCCAGGACCUGUGGGGCAUCUUCCUGGCGCAUGUGCUGGAGGCGCUGAGCAGCACCAACAUGCAGGUCCGCGCCGCAGCACUGGAUGCGCUGGACCGCACCAUCACCGGCGCGCUGCACCCCGACAUGCACAUCCCCGACAAGUUCACCGCGCCGCUGCCGCCGCCGGAGGACGGCCUCUCGCCCGAAUCCGCGGCAGCAGCAGCCAAACGUGCGCUGCUCUCUGCCUUCCCCUCCUUCGCCAUCUCAUCUCCGGACGCGUGUCAGCCGCAAUCGCAAACCCAGCCAUCCGACCAAACCGGCCCCAUGGCUGCACCCGAUCAGCCCUUCUGCCGCACGUCACACGACCUCACAAGCACCCCCAGCGGGACUCACGGCGGCGCCUCCUCCUCCUCCGUCUCCUUCCAGCCUGCGCCAGCCCGCCCCGCCGGCUCCUCCCGCCCCUCCCUUGACACCCCCGGCAGCCUGCAGUCACCCCCCACACCCAGCUUGUCUCCCUCCUCCAUCCCCGCACCCUCCCCAUUCGCCCGCACCUCCGGCGCUGCUGCCGCAACCACCCCUCCCGCCCCCGCCUCCGUCUCCGCUGCUGCUGCGGCCACCGCUGUCGCCAACCGCGGCGUGCAGCAGGCGGCUCAGCGGCAGGACGUGCAGCACAUGGUGCUAGUGGCCCUGGACUCGCUGUACCGCGAGGGCGGCCGCUCGCCAGACGUGCGGCGGGGGCUGCUGCGCAUCGCGCUGCACGUGCUGCAGCACCACGGCGAGGCGCUGACCCGCGGGUGGGUGCCGCUGCUGCGGCUGCUGGAGGCGGUGCCGCGGUGCGGGCAGGACCCGCAGGAGGUGCGGCUGGGCUUCCAGGUGGUUGAGCUGCUCGCCACCGACUACCUGGCCAGCACGCUCGCCAAGGAGCAUGUGGCCAAGGCACUGGACGUCAUCGCACGCUUCGCCAUGCAGGACGCCGUGCUCAACGUCUCCCUCACCGCCAUCACCAUGCUGUGGAACGUGACCGACCACCUGGCACGCAGCAGGGGCACCUUCUCCCGGGUGGCGGCAGCAGCGAACCCGCACCAUGCGCCACCGGUGAACGCCGCCGCCCCAGCCAUCAAGGCACCCAACCCCACAUCCGCAGCCGCUGCUGCUGCCGCUGCUGCCUCCUCGGGACCAACCGCCUCGUCCACCACAACACCCACAGCCGCACCGACCGUUGGCGCCAACGGAGCUGCCGGCAACGACAGCAGUCCCUUCACCAACACGCUCUACGCUGACUCGGCCACUGCAGGCGGUGAGCGGCAGAUGUCUCCGGCCUUCGCCGCGGCACUGUCGUUCGCACGCGGGGUGCCCUCUCUGCCCUCGGUGUCCUCCCAGCAGAGCUCCCCCUGGGUAUCCGCGGGGGGAGCUCAGGGCCAGCAGCAGCUGCAGCAACCGCAUGCCGCGCAGGCAGCAGCAGCAGCACCAGCACCUGUAACGGCGACACAACCGCAGCCGUUGCCGCUCGUUGCCACGUCAAGCGGCGGCGGUGGCAGCUAUGCCGUACACGACCUGGACGAGGCGGAGUGCAUUGCGCUGCUGAUGAUCGCGUUCCGGUCGUUGAAGGCGCUGGCAGUUGACAAACGGCCCGAGGCUCGCAACGCCGCUGUACGCACGCUGUACCUGGCGGUGUGCAGCCACGGCGGCAAGUUCCCGCCCGCUACCUGGCGCGAGCUGUUCUGGUCGCUGCUGUUCGAGCUGCUGUGCACGCUGCACCGCGUGUCCGCCAACAGCUCGGUGGAGGAGGCGGCGGCGGUGGAGCUGGGCAAGGAGAAGAGCGGUCGCUCCGUGGUGCUGCUGGUUCACCACAGCCGCAACAGCGAGCAGAAGCAGUGGGACGAGACGCUGGUGCUGGCGCUGGCGGGGGCGGGCAAGGUGCUGCGCAGCUACCUGCCGGUGCUGGCGGGGCUGGAGGGCUGGGCGGCGGCGUGGGAGGAGCUCAUGCAGAUGGUGGGCGACCUGCUGUCGUGCGGCCGCAAGGGCGUGGCGCUGGCCGCCACCAGCCUGCUCACCACGCUGCUGCAGGCGCACGGGGCGGGGCCGCUGAUGGGCCGCGACAUGUGGCGCCAGGCGCUGGCGGCCAUUGAUCGGGGCGUGUGCACCAUGGCUGCCCCGCACACCUCCGCCUCGCUGCAGGCGCGCUCCGAGCUGCUGUCAUGCAUCACCGCCCUCGCCGCCCAGCUGAUGCAGCGCACACGACCCGCGCCCGACCAGCCUCACCACCACACCUCCGCCUCCGCAGCUCACCCCCCGCCUCCGCCAUCUGGGUCCUCAGCCGCUACCCAAGCUGCCCCCGGCUCGGCCCCCAGUCCCAGCUGCACCUCGCCCUCCGCCGGCCCUGACCCCGAGUCCCUGCUGCUGUUCCUCAGCUGGCUGGACCGCUUCGCUCGCUACCCAGUGGGGUCCGAGGACUCCUCGCAAAUCCACUUUGUCACCAUGGGCCCCAUUCAGAAGGCCGUGCUGGCGGCGCUGGCGGCGCUGCCGCCUGCUGUGAGCGCUGCGGGCGUGUGGCCUGCCGUGCUGCGCGUGCUGUGCAACAUGCUGCGCCCCUUCAGCACGCUGGCGCUGCGGCAGCAUGCCAACCAGGCGGCCGCACUGCAGCAGGCGGUGAUUGCGCAACAACGCAGGACUGGCUCCGUGUCUCGCGCGGUCCCCAAACCCCCCUCGGUCGACGCCCAGCCGCCCCCAACACCGAGCUCCCCGCCCCCCGCGCCCUCGCCUCUGGACUCCAUGGCAUCAGCGCCCGCGAGCCUUGGCACGCCCGCCUCCGCGCGCAACGCCGGCGCCCCAGCCGUCCCCGGCCCCGCCCCUGCCUACCCCUCCGCUGAGCUGCUGGAGGCGCGAGCCAUGUCCCCCGUGUGGAUGGCGCGAGUGGUGGAGCUGCUGGCAACAUGGUACCGAGACCAUGUCCCCUGGCAGGUCCGCGUGGCCACCUUCCCGCUGCUGGUGGCUGCGCUGUCCGAGUGCCUGGCCUCGCGCCACCUGCUGCACCGCCUCACACCCGACCCAGCGGAGCAGCUGGAGGAGCUGUGGCGCACCGCGGCGCGCGGCCUGGUGACGGUGGUGCAGAGCGGCCUGCCGUCCGUCAACAUAUGCGGCCAGGGCAGCCAGCAGCAGCAGCAGGUGCCCGACUCCACCUGGCCCGCCCUCGCGCGGGCCUUCCAGAUGUACUUCCUGGCAGCCAACCUGCCGCCGCUGCUGCAGCCGGCGCAGGAGGAGAACCAGGCGCUCUCCGACCUCAUCGCCACGGCCACGGCGGCGGGCGGGGCUGCGGCCACGGCGGCUGCGGCGCUGCUCCGAGGCGGGGGUCUGGCCGUGGAUCCCUCCUUCGGCGCCGCGGCGCUGCCGCCGCCCCAGCCGCUGCAGCAGCAGUCGCCUGAGCGGCUGGCCGCGGACCUGGACAUCACCACCGCGCUUCUGGACUGCCUGUCUGAAACCGUGCUGUCCUCGUGCCAACUUGCACCCAUUGAGGUGCGCCGGGCGCUGGUGGAGGUGUUGGACGCGGGAGCUGCCUCCGCCGCAGCGCCCACCACCGCCGGCGUCAGCGCCAUCAUCGGUCCGGCCGGCCCCGUGCCGUACGACGAGUCCUCCCUCCCACCCGGCAGCCGCCUGAGCUACGUCUGCCUCACCAAGCUCUUCGUGCUGUGCAGCCGGGGGCAGGAGCAGCCGGAGCACGAGGGACGUGAAACACCCGGCGCCCGGUCGCAGCUGGAGGUGGCACAGCUGGCGCUGCCCGUGUUCGUGUCACGCUGCGAGGCGGUCCUGCGGGACUACAACCGGUGGGAGCGCCGCACCGGCCGCACCUCGCCGAGCUCAUCAACCUCAUCCACGACUGCUGCGGCGGCCGCGCCCACGUCUCAGGCUCCUCCGCCGCCUUCACCCCUGUCGCCAGCCCUUGCUACCGCAGCCGCCGCAGGGGACCUCGCCGAGCCCUUUGCCACGGCUGCAGCACUGGCGGCCCUCCACGACAAGGCACGACACGUGCUCGACCUGCUGCUGAGCCUCAGGGUGCUGCCGGCGGUCUCGGACGCGCUGCUUCCGAGCAGGCCGCACCUUCGCUUCUGGCUCGAUGUGUCACGGGCGUUGCGGGCACAGGCGGCAUUGCCACCGCCGGCGGCGGUACAGGCGGCCGCCGUCAGCGGCGGCAGCGGCAGCGGCUCUGGCGGCGGUGCGGUUGCUGGUUUGGCAGCGCCCAGUCCAACGGCCCCGCCGCCGCCGCCCCCGCAGCGGAGCAGCAGCACGGGCAUGGAGCAGACCGCGGGAACAGCUGCUGGUGACGCGUCCAGCGCCGGACUCACCCCAACACGCUCUGCGUCCUCAUCGUUCUUCUCUCGCACGUACAGUA